CCAUCGUCUCCCCUUCGCUCGCUCUUUUUAUUCCCCCACCACCACAACGUUCCCUCUCUCUCUCUCUAACUUAUCUCUUCUCUUUCUCUCUCUCUAGCCUCCUCCGCCGCUCCUCCGCCAUGCACCGCCACCUCCACCAGCCCCACCUCCCCCCCUCCGACUCCCCCGCCGUCCCCUCCUCCUCCGAUGCUGCCGCCGCCAAGCGCGGCAAGAAGCGUGGCAGCUACAACUGCGGCCGCUGCGGCCUCCCCAAGAAGGGCCGCUCCUGCCACGCCGGCUCCUCCCCCUCCCUCGCCGCCGACUCCUCCUCCUCCUCCACCGCCGCCGCCGUCGCGGCCUCCUCCAUGCCCGUCAACGCCACCGCCGCUGCCGCCUCCUCCGUGUCCGCCGUCGCCCUCGCGCCGUCCUCGCUCUCCUCCGCCGCAGCCCCUCCGCCGCGCGCUCUCCUUCGACAACCUCGACGUCCGCGCCGACGAGGAGGAGGACUUCGACAAGGUGGAGCCGGAUCUCGACGAGCAGGAUCGGGAUUUCGUGGACGGGGAUGUGGACGCUGGCGGGUUGCCCGCCCGGUGCUUGUGGGAGGUCCUGAGGAGGUUGCCGGGGAUGUCUUGCUUGUAUAAGCCGACUCAAAGCACCUGCAAGUGAUUUAGAUGCGAUGAUGCUGGCUUGCAUUGCGUUCUCAUGCCCUAAUCUGGAGUCUGUGGAGAUCUCAACAUCCUCUAAUGCUGUCAACCGGAUUACAGGGGGUUUGCGGAUGCUAUCACUGGUGCUUGGAUCAGAAAUCACUGAUGCAUCUGUUGUUGCUAUAGCUUCAAGCUUUUCGGAUUUAGAAUUGCUUGAUCUCAGUGGGUAUGUUCUGCUGUGAGGUCCUAUGUUGUUUGAUUUAUGAGAUAUCACAGUGGUAUAGAAAAUUCAGCUUCAUCGUGUCAA